AUGGGCACUCGAUUCCCAUCUCAUCAGCUAAGCAAUGGGCUCUUUGUAUCGGGCUUACCCGAGCAACCUAAAGAGAAAACACCAACUAUGAGCUCAGUGGCCAUGCCCUACACUGGUGGAGACAUAAAAAAAUCGGGUGAGCUCGGUAAAAUGUUCGUCAUCCCUCCGGACGGCUCGAAAUCCAGAAAAUCCGGGCCCAUUGCAACCCAUUCUGGGCCCAUUGCAACCCAUCACGUUGCAGCCCGAGCUAGCUACUCCACCUCGGGCCCCGUUUCAAUGGGCUUAUCGGGCUCGGCCUCCAUGAAAAAAUCAAACUCCGGCCCACUGACCAAGCACGGCGAGCCCAUAAAGAAAUCCUCGGGCCCGCAGUCCAACUCCGGUCCGCUGGCCCCGGUACUUCCCACAACAGGCCUCAUAACUUCCGGGCCCAUCUCGUCUGGCCCAAUAAACCAGUCCGGGGCCCUGAGAAAGGCUUCCGGGCCCUUGGACACAAGCGGGCCCAUGAAGAACCUGGCGGCAGUGACAACUCUUGGUCAGGAGAAGAAGCACUCGUUCGUGAAGAACCUCCCGAGAGCUAUUUUGUGGGCCGUUGUGAUGCUUUUCGUGAUGGGCUUUAUUGCUGGGGGAUUUAUACUUGGCGCAGUUAACAAUGCUAUUCUUCUAGUUGUUGUGCUCGUUUUGUUUGUUUUAGUGGCUGCUUUGUUUGUGUGGAAUUUGUUCUGGGUGAGAAAGGCUGUGAUUGGAUACAUUGCUAGCUAUCCGGAUUCCGAGCUCAGGACUGCCAAAAAUGGCCAAUUCGUCAAAGUCACCGGAGUGGUCACGUGUGGAAAUGUUCCUCUGAAGUCAUCCUUCCAGAACUUUCCGAGAUGUGUGUUCACUUCUACAAGCUUGUACGAGUACAGAGGAUGGGGUUCCAAGCCCACAACUCCUACUCACCGUCGUUUCACUUGGGCACUUCGAUUUUCAGAGAAACACGCUGUCGAUUUUUACAUCUCUGAUUUCCAAUCUGGUCUGAGGGCGUUGGUUAAAGCUGGGUACGGUUCACACGUAACUCCAUAUGUAGAUGAAAAUGUUGCCAUAAAUGUUGAUCCUUCCAAAAACGACACUUCUCCGGAAUUUAUCCGUUGGUUGGGAGAGAGAAAUCUCACUCUCGAUGAUCGUCUAAUGCGACUUAAAGAAGGGUAUAUCAAGGAAGGAAGCACUGUGAGUGUGAUGGGCAUCGUUCAAAGGAAUGAAAAUGUGCUGAUGAUAGUGCCUCCAAACGAGCCCUUCACAACCGGAUGCCAGUGGAGCAAAUGUACAUUACCGGCUAGUUUUGAUGGGCUCGUCUUAAGGUGUGAGGACUCGUCAAAUGUUGAUGUUAUACCCGUGUGA